AUGUCCUCCGAACCGUCGCGUCCGCGGCACUCCGCGGACGAGGAUAGCGAUCACAUGGAGAUGGACGGGGAGGAAUUCCGCGAGGCGCUGUUCACGCACAACCUCACGGAGGACGAUUUGAACCAGGAGAAGCGCGAGACGCUGCAGCUCCUCGCGCUCAUGUUCUGCGACAAGGAGGGGCUGUGGCGCCUACGCAAGCAACAACUCCUCGAGAUCAUCGUCUCGUCCAAGUCCUGGAUUGACCGACACGGCGGCGGCGGAGGUGGAGGGGGCGGGGGUGGGGGUGGAUCGGGAAGUGGUGGUGGUAGUGGUGAGUCGCGAUCGUCCUCGUCGUCACCGUUUAGCCGGGUUGCCUCGAGGAAGGCGCCGGGCGGGAUUAACAGCGCGGAAGAGGGGGCGGCGGCGGCGGCGGCGCAUCGUUUCGCACGCGUGAACUCGCGGCAGGCGGCCGGCGGGCUCAACAGCGCGGACGGCGGCGGCGGCGGUUCGAACUUUGCCCGCGUGAGCUCGAGAAAAGCCGCCGGGGGGAUCAACUCGCUGGAGGAGGAGCAGCGUCAUGCGGCGUCGUUUGCGCGCGUGAACUCCCGGCAGGCCCCCGGCGGGCUUAACAGCGCCGAUGGCGGAGGCGGCGGGCACCCGCCGUCCUUCUCCCGCGUGAUUUCGAAAAAGGCGGCCGGCGGAGUAAACAGCGCGGACGAGGACCGGCGCGCGGCGGCUUUUGCGCGCGUGAACUCUCGGCAGGCGGCGGGGGGCGUGAGCAGCGCGGAUAGCGGGGGAGGGGGGUCGCACCACACGUCCCCGUUCGGGAGAGUGAACUCGAGAAAAGCGACGGGGGGAGUGAAUAGCGCGGAGGACGAGCAGCGGCAUAGGGAGGAGCGGGAGAGGCAGAAGGAGGAGCGCGAGCGGCUUAGAGAGGAGCGGCACUCGUCGGCGUUUGGGCGGGUGAACUCUAAAAAGGCAGCUGGUGGAGUCAAUAGCGCGGAUGGGGAAGGCGGGCAUGGGCACGGGGAGAGGGCGGAAAGGGGGUUCGCGCGGAUAAACUCGAGGCAGGCGGGAGGAGUGAAUAGCGCGGACGGGGAAGGGGGGCAUGGAGAGAGAGAACGGUCAUAUGGGCGGGUUAACUCCAGGCAGGCGGCGGGAGGGGUGAACAGCGCGGACGGAGAAGGGGCGGGGCACGGGGAGCGGGGAGAGCGGGCGGAAAGGGCCUUUGCGCGCAUAAACUCGCGGCAGGCGGGCGGGGGAGUGAACAGCGCGGAUUCACCAAGCGAGCAGCGGCGCGAGCGCUCGUACAACAGAGUGAACUCGAAGCAAGCCCCGGGCGGAGUAAACAGCGCCUCGCGUUCCGCCCACGGAGCAACAGCCGGGGGAGACGGCGGAGGCGGAGGCGGGGCAGGAGCGGAAGGCGGGCCCGGGGACGUGUAUAACAACCAGAGCAGCUUUCUGGAGCGAGACAAGGAGCUGCUGCGCGCGUUUCUGUCCAACCCGCAGCAGUGGGACUCGCUUCUGGCCCGCACGCCCAUGCACGCGCGGUUCCUGGCGACGGUUCGCGAGCUUCGCGAGGCGCAGCGCGACGAGCUGCGACGGCUGCGCGACGUGAUCAUGGGGCAGAAGCAGGCGCUGGACGUGGAGGAUAUUCACGGGCUGGGGCUGGGCGUGCUGCAGGUGCUUGCCUCUGUUCUCUGCGACUCUAUCAAAGUCACCUCUACCAGCAGAGAAGACCUCGUUACAGUGUGCCUCGCUAUGGGCCCAUGGCACCCUACGGCUGGGGACGAUAUGGACGAUCACCAUGCAGGAGGCGGCAUGGGUUCGCCUGGUAUGGGCGGCAUGGGUGGGAUGGGUGGGAUGGUUGCAGCAGGGGGGGCUACUAAUAGUGAUCACUUAGACGUUCGGAGCCCGGGAUCGAGUGCGUCAAUGAGCUUUCGGGAUGAGGAAGGGGACGGGGAGAAGAAAAAGAGCAGCAAGGAGAAGAAGGAGAAGAAGGAGAAGAAGGAGAAGAGCAAGAGGAGGUCUUCGGCUGUGGAUUCGGCUUCUGGGCAGGAUAUGAGUGAAGGGGAGAUGUCUUGCACGAGCAGAAGCUCCAGGGCUAGUGCCAAACCGCGGCGGUCCCGGCAGCACCAUCAGCCGGCGCAAGUGCUAGAGGAAGAUGGGGAUAGCAUGGGGGGUUCGGACACUCAUCUCCCCCCCCUCGCGCCGAACCACGUGGGAGGCUCGGUGCUUGGGAGGCUAUCGGUAGGUUCGUCGGAGCUCGGUACCACCGAUCUUUCUCUUGUGGAGUCUGGUUCGGGAAGCAUGGUGGAAGGUUCGUUGGAAGGGGAGCAGGACGAGGAGUUGGAAGAGGUGAUGAGGCUUGAGCAGGAGGCGCUGCUGCGAUUCUCCCAGGGGACGAAGCAGCUGGAGAAGCAGAUUAAGGAGGACCGGAAGCAGGCAGACGCGGCGGUAUCGCGGCUGAAUGCAGCUAAGGAAAAGCUGGCGGCGGCUCAGAGGGCAGUGGAGGAGGAAGAGAGGAGGGUGGCAGAGGCGGACGAGAGAUUCAAAGGGUCGGUCAUGGCUAUGGAAGACGGGAAAGAGCUGAUGGAAGAGGCGUGUCUGGUGGUGAAGAGCAAGGCGGGGGAGUGCCGUGCUGCAUGGAAGAAGCACCUAGAUGUGACCAACAGGCUGACGUCUGCUCUGCAGAUGGGCACGCCUGGUGCGAGGAAAUCGGCAAACCGGCAGCGGCAGGAGGAUUUCGAGCUGGCUGCAAAGACGCAUGAGGAGUUUGUGAGGCUGUAUGAGGAGUUAGAGGCUCUAUGCAAGCCGAGCCUGCAGCAGGCGAUUACUAGGCUGGCUAGUUGUGCUUUAAGGAUGGACGAUGCGGAUUUGGGGCUGGGGGGCGGAGGAGGGGGAGGGGGAGGGGGCAUGAGAGGGUUUAUGAUGGACGGAGGGGGAGGGGGAGGGGGUGGGGGGAGUGGGGAUGGAAUGGAGGGAGCUGCGUCGAUGGGGGCUUUGUAG